CUUUGGCCUCAUCUCACUGCUACCAUUUGAACCCACCUAGCCGGUACCUCAUAAUACCCAGAAUUUCUUCUUUAUUCUUUGUUACGACGAAUAAAUGAUGGCAAGCUUUAUGAGCAUGUUUGGGGGUAGGAAAGACCCGAAGCAGUCAGCAAGAGAUGCUAUUGUUGGAUUGCGGCAGCAGCUACAAAUGAUUGAGAAGAAGGAGGAAUAUCUACAGAAGAAGAUCGACGAGGAACACGCUAAAGCGAGGGCGAAUGCUGUAUCAAACAAGGCUGUUGCAACCGCAGCCCUUAGACGGAAGAAGGCGCACGAGACGGAACUGGACAGGUUAGCAGGGACGAGAUUGCAGCUUGAGAUGCAAGUUAACACAUUGGAGUCCGCGAACCUCAAUGCCGAAACCAUGGGUGCGAUGAAGAAGGCUGCAGAUGCGUUGAAGACGAUACACGGGAAGAUGACCAUUGAGCAGGUUGAUGCUACGAUGGACUCUGUACGGGAGCAGAAAGCAGUUGCGGACGAGAUUGCAGACAUUAUUUCAACACCUGCCGGACUGGAUCUAGACACGUCCGAACUUCAGGAUGAGCUAGAAAACUUAGAGCAAGAAGUGCUGAAUGAAAGACUGGCAGGGGCGGAACAUGUUCCGAUUCAUAAGCCUGAAACAGCCCGUGCAGAAUCAAGUCGACAUCAAGAACCUGAGGAUGAGGAAGCUGAGCUGAAGAAGCUGCAAGCAUCCAUGGCCCUGUAGUUUGUGAUUUUACAUCUAUGGGUGCCUUUCGUGUUCGCUAUCUAUUCAUCUCUUCAGUGUCUUGUUGCAUACCUGCAUUGUACUUAGUUAUCCUUGUGUCAAUUCACUAUCAUAAUCCGGAACCAACGGGGUUUCGUCG